AUGGUGCUUCAUUGCAGCCUUUGAGGCUUCGUUUAAAGUCACGACAGUGGUAACAGGCAGGUUGGAUCCGUUUAGGUCGUGGAGGGUUUCUUGACUACAGCCUUGGAUCUCCCGAAUGGUCGUUGUUAAACCACAGAACAUAACAAAUACUAUGGCAAGUUAUCAUACACAGGUGUAUGGAGGCGAUUACAGUCCCUCCGAUUUGAUGACGAGAAAAUAGCAGUGCAUCACACACUUUUGAAACUCAUAUAUAUAAAUAUAUGUUCUCCUGGUAACUGGGGAGAUUGGACCACAUCGGCGUGAUCAUUGUAUCCGACACUUGGCUCGUAUCGGUGUACUUGUAAGCUAUUCGAUUUUUGUAGUGCGUGUGCAAUCAGCGUAUCAGUAUUGAAAACACCCUUUAAUUAAACUUUUUUUUCUUUUUUUUUAUGCCUUGCUGAUUUCACACACACACCAACGUGGCCGAAUUAAUCCACUACAGGGGCCCUUAUCGACCCCCCUGUUUGUGGUAACUUAGUUAACCACACAUUUAUUCGGCGAUGCAUGCACCGUGCAAACUUUGACACAAGACGUCCUCUACGAGACGAGCAAUGCGGGACACACUUUAACGCCCUUAUUUCAGCCGAUACUUUACUUUAGAUGUGAAUAUUCCCCCCCCCCCCAAAAAAUCAAAUUGGCCCAAACAAACUCAAACAAAGGGAGAUGUGUUGCCUGGUUUGGGGUCUAAACCUUGCCCCGUUGGUAACCUGGUCUUGCACAGAGAUGUAGUUGUAGCCCGUUUGAGAUUUUAUCGAUGGACAACAGCGCAGUUGAUGAGAGAGGUAGAAAAUACGACCUACUGAUCAAGAGAGGCCUCCCAGAGUGCAUCCCGCUCAGCUGGAAGAAGACAUUUCUGAUGCCGUCCCACCGCACACCCAUCGCGAGACCUCCAUGCCUGGCCACCCUAGGGUUUUCUAGGAAAGCAUCGUUGGGUGGACAGGUUUACGAAUGGUGCAACGAUACACAAUCAGAAGUCAGAAAUGGCAAAAAGUGAAAAGUACUACCGAAAACAACUUAGGAACCAAAAGGAGACAUUUGAAACCAUCAGUGCUAAAAAGGAACAAUCUAUGCGUCGCAGAUACCCUUAUCACUGUUGCAAAUCCACAACACAGUACUUGUCCGGCCCACCGCCCGUCCAAUCGCAUGCAUCUGGCAGGGGAGCAGGCUUGCUUUAAAAGUUGCAUCUGGUGCCGGUGAGCACAGGAUCUACCGACCCGCACAGGAAAAUCUAGAGCCGGCAAAAUGGUUGAAUGGACAGACUUCGAGCGCGCCACCAUCCAGGACAUCUUCGCCAAGAUGGACUAUGACGACGUGGGCCCUGCUGCUCUUUCCAGGUGUUUGGUUGUCUACCCCUGGACUCAGAGGUAUUUUGGCAACUUUGGAAACCUCUACAACGCCGCUGCCAUCACUUCAAACCCAAUGGUUGCAGCUCACGGAAAAGUUGUCCUCCACGGUCUGGACCGGGCUCUGAAGAACAUGGACAGCAUCAAGGAAACCUACGCCGAGCUGAGCGUGCUCCACUCCGAGAAACUGCAUGUGGACCCCGACAAUUUCCGGCUGCUGGCCGACUGUCUGACCAUUGUGGUGGCUGCUCGGAUGGGCAAAAACUUCACCGGUGAUGUCCAGGCAGCUUUUCAGAAGUUCCUGGCCGUGGUGGUGUCCUCCCUGGGAAGGCAGUACCACUAGAGA